AUGGGUCUCAUGAAGAAAGCUGAGGAGGUCCUCACUGGCCACUCCUCCUCCACAACCAACUCCGCCCACACCACCAACACCACCAACACUGCCAACACCGCCAACAAUGGCCCACACAACUCAGCCCUGGCGAACAAGCUUGACCCUCGUGUGGACUCGACAGCGACGAGCCAUGCUCCAACCCAGGAUGUGUCAGGUGCUUAUUUCAACGCUCCUAACACCACCACCUCUGGUUCUGGCCCUCACGAUUCGAAGCUAGCCAACAAGGCUGAUCCCCGAGUUGACGAUAGCCGGGCUCAUGUCGGAGGACAUGGAGGCAACCUCUACAACACCGGACCCGCAUCGACAACUGCCGGUCCCCACACUUCGAACAUGGCCAACAAGGCGGACCCCCGAUUUGAUUCAGACCUGGACAACAGAGGCCAUGGUGGCACUCUUGCGGGUAACAACUAUAACACCGGCCCCGCAUCGACAACUGCCGGCCCCCACAGCUCGAACUUGGCCAACAAGGCCGACCCCCGCAUUGAUUCGGACCUAGACAACAGAGCCUACAACAGCACUCUUACGGGUAGCAGCCACAACACCGGCCCUGCAUCGACAACUGCCGGUCCCCACAGUUCGAACUUGGCCAACAAGGUCGACCCUCGUAUUGAUUCGGACAUGGAUAACAGAGCCGCUCGCACUGGAGGACUUGGAAACCACUACAACACCGCUACCACAUCCACAACUGCCGGUCCUCACGGUUCGAACUUGGCCAACAAGGCCGACCCUCGUAUUGAUUCGGACAUGGACAACAGAGGUGUUCGUGCUGGAGGACUUGGAAACAACUACAGCACCGCUCCCUCAUCCACAACCGCUGGAGGACUUGGAAACCACUACAGCACCGCUCCGUCAUCCACAACCGCUGGACCCCACAGUUCGAACCUAGCCAACAAGGCCGACCCCCGUGUUGAUUCAGACAUGGGUAACAGAGCCCAUGGCAACACUCUUGCGGGUAGCAGCUACAACAACACUGCGACUGGAGGUACAGUGGGCCCCCACUCCUCCAAGUUGGCCAACAAGAUCGAUCCUCGUGUGAAUUCUGAUCUUGAUAGUGGGGCACCCGGAGUGCAGCGUACCUUCUGA